AUGAUGAAAGGGAAGAGAGAAAAACAUAUAACCACAUGUCUGGUGAAAGUGUCACCUGACAGUUGGCGACUGCUUUCAAGUGCCCGCCACUAUUACUCCGGUAACUGCCUGUACUACCACCUCACAGUAUUGCUGGUUAUGACUUGUUGUCAAGCUAACAUGACGACUCCAAGGUGUACUACAUUCUUCUAUAUGUUUUGUUACAUGGUAGUGCUUUCCAAACUUUGGCAAUUCAAGCAUAAAAUAUUGUCAGUAUCAAUUAAUUUAACAUUUUGUCCUCAAGGUUACAUUGCGCUGGUGAUGUUGCCUUCCCUCAGUGAGGUCAAUGAAACCUUCACGGGAAAACGUUCCUUGAUCAGCGGCUGGGGAAAGACGGGUGACGAGGAAGACCCUUCUCAGACUCUCCAGUACACUGAUGUGACAGUUAUUCCCAACUCAGUAUGCGAGAUGGACUAUAAACCAGGUUUUAUUCGUGAAAGUACGCUGUGUGCUGGAAACAAGAACAAAGGCAUCUGCAGUGGAGACCAUGGUGCACCCCUUGUUCUCAAAGGUAGCUUCAAGCAGAUUGGCAUUGCCAGCUUUUAUUAUGACAAGUGUGAGGUACCUGUACCUGCUGGCUACACCCGAGUAACCUACUUCCUCAACUGGAUCACAAGAACUGCUGGAAUCGAUAUUGAUUGAGAAGCUGUACUGCCUGUGACACACUUCCAUUACUACAUGAUAUUCUGUAUGUAUUUUAAUUAAAAUUAAAAAUUGCACAGAACACUUAAUAAUUGCCAAAAAAUAGGUUCUGAGAACAUUGUUCACCUCAGAGCUAAGAUAGCAUAUAUACAACAUUCAAUUAUUUCUUUGUAUAUGAGGAAGUAGACUGAACUCGCUAUGCUAGAUUGUAGCAUAUA